UGAAGAAGUGGACUUGGAGCGGAGUCGGGGGCGGGUUGUACGUAGACGCCUGCGGAGGAGCGAGGGGCGGGCCCAGGUGAGCGGGGGCACCGCCCCCUGCGCCCCUCCUCUGCGCAGAAACCCCUCCCAGUCGUUCUCCCGCAGUACCUCAGUGGCUCCUCCGAAGGCUGGAGGAACCGGGACUGGCGGAGUGUGUAGCCCAAGUCGGGUUCGGCUCCAUCUUGGGCCGCUAAGCUGGGCACCUGUGGCGGCCGCAGGAGAAACGCUUCCGCCUGCCUGCACUGCUCCGGGCGGGCGAGAGGGUUGAGGAAACUGAAGCUGAAAGAGGUUAAGUAUCCACUUGAGGAUCCACUUGAAGGCAUGUACACAAGAAGGGGAAGAGCCAGGGUUGGAAGCAGAUUUCUUGGCCCACCUGCUCAGCCACGGCUCCAGUGCAUAUGUGGUCAGCUGUCAUCCUCCCUGCAAGGCUCCUUUCCUUUGAGAUAGGGGGUAUGGGAAACCUCUUUCCCCGCCCCGAGGCAGUCAUGAGCAGCAGCCACCCUGAGCCAGGUGCCCAGGCACCCUUGAGCCCCUGCCCACAGCCCCUGUCUCGGAGUUCUUCCAGCCUGCUGGGUGAAGGCUGGGGACAGAGGCCAAAGCUCCGAAAAAGUGCCAGCAGCACUGUAUGGCAGGCCCAGUUGGGUGAGGCCAGCACCAGUCCCCAGGUCCUGGAGGAAGAGGGCCACCACGCUAAGAGCACAGAAGAGACACUGACCUCCAGCCCCAGACCAUGGCCUGGUGCUGUGGGCCACUGGCGGAGCAGCACUGUGGGCAAUGUAUCUACCAUGGGUGGUGGUGACCUAUAUCGCCUACAUGCCCCCAGCACCGCAGCUGUACAGAGGAGCCACUCAGACCUGGUCCAUAGCACCCAGACGCGGGGCCACAGUGGUGCUCGGAAGGCCAGCCUCAGCUGCUCAGCCCUUGGCAGCUCGCCAGUCCACAGGGCUCAGCUGCAGUCUGGCAGUACUUCUGGCCAGGGAGGGCAGGCCCCUGCCGGCCUGGAAAGAGACCUGGCUGCAGAGGCUGGGACUUCAAACUCAGUCUGGACGCUGGGAGAGAGUCAAGUGUGGGUGUCACCACUAGUCCUGGGAGGCACAACCACCCACAGCAGUAGCCCCAAGGCCAGGCCCAAAGCCACUAGGCAGUCAGCCACCACCUCUUGCCAAGCUCUGCCCCCAGUAGCUCAACUCUGUGGCCUGACGGAGGUGGGGGCCAGUGGCUACUGCCAUGCUGUGCCUGCCCCUGGGGUCUUGGCCUUUCCCAAACUAGUAGCAUCAGUAAGUGAAUCUGGGCUGCAGGCUCAGCAUGGGGUGAAGUUCCAGUAUAGGUUACCUGGGGGUCUUCCUGGGCAUUCCCACUGCUGUGCCCAUCCCUGGGAUCCCACUGGGUUAGCUAUGGAGCCUGGUGCCAGGACCAAGGAUGUGUGGACCAUGACCUCAGCCAGUGACUUGGCCCCAGUGUUGAUGUCCCCUCUGUCGGCACAGGAUGCUGGUGUACAGGUGGCCCCCAUGGCAGAGUGCAAGGCUGUGGCUACCAGCCCACCUCUGGAAGCCCCUGUGGCCCUGCACACAUUCCCAGAGGUGACUUUGGGGUCCAGCCUGGAGGAGGCAUCAUCUCCUGUGCAGGAUGUGCGAUGGGAUGCUGAAGGCAUGACGUGGGAGGUGUAUGGAGCUGCAGUGGACCCUGAGGUGCUUGGUGUGGCCAUUCAGAAGCACCUGGAGAUGCAGUUUGAGCAGCUGCAGCAUGCACCUGCCAGUGAGGACAGCCUGUCUGCUGAGGGCUGGAGGGCGCCACUACGAGCUGUCAUGCAGUCUUUGAGGCGUCCCAGCUGCUGUGGCUGCUCCAGCGCACCCCCUGAGUGAGGAAUUGUGGCCCUAAAAGCUGUCUUGGGCCCAUGGACUCAGCCCCCAAUAAGAGACAGUGGAGACCAUGUGCUCUUUGGACCCACUGGCAGCUGUGGACACAUCUCUGCUGUAGGCUGCUAGCAGACCACAGGACUUUAGCCUGGGGACUUCUUGCUAUUUGCAACUGUGCUGGGUUUUAAGGGCUUGAUUCCUGAGAGCCACAUUUCUGCACAUCUGCGCUCUAAACUUAGGGACAGAGUUUUAGCACUGUGCAUCAGGGAGAUUCUGAUUUUUCUGUAAAAAUAAUUGCCUUUUGUUCAGUCUC